AUGUUCAUCGACGAGCCGGAGGAGUGCAGAAAAGCACUCACUGUAGUCAGCCAGAUCCGUAUUUAUCUCGAGAUUGCAAUCAAUUCGCAGACAGAAUAUCGGUUCCUCAACGAGAAAGAUUUGCAAAUCUUGUCUGUCGUCAGGGACUUCUCUGUUAACAAGUUGAUAACGUAUAAGAUUAUUACACUAAUAGCACCGGGUGUUUGCGAAGAAGUGGAAAUCUGCAAUGGCAAACUGGUAUGCGAUACGGAAUAUUGCAUUGUGAGAAAACCGGAGCGAGUCACGUGUCCUGAACUUCUGCCAUCGUGCCCAUUAGUGCGCUAG